ACUGCAGGGGCCCCGCCACCACUUGUUUAUCUCAAAACCCUUUACCCUUAUGAUUAAUGCAAAGCUUUCUCCAGAUAUUCAUAAAUCUUAUUCAAUGAAAAUUUGUGAGCUAAUAUCUGAAAAUAGAGCAGAUGCGGAACCACUGAGAGCGGUAAAAGAAGAGGGAAAUUUGAACCUGGGCGGCGCUCUCGGCUACAGCUGUUAACGUGACACUCUAUCAGCUAAUUCAUCUGCACCUCGAUGAAUACAUCCUUUAUUCUUAUGUGUAACGAAGAGACGGAUUCAUAAUGGAUCACUUCAGAGAUCAGAGUCUAAAUCUGGACUCUCCGUCUAAACAUAGUUAUGUUGGCAGUUAUUACAAGCCUCCAGAGAAGCUGUCAAGACCUCUGUAUAUGAACGCAGAAACACAUCCACUGGACAGGAAGAGCUCAGGUUAUCAAGACAUCAGCCCACAACUUUAUCAGACAGUACCUGAUGCUGGAAGCAGAGCAGUGAUAUCAGCCCUGAAAACACUGCAGGAGAAGAUGCGACGCUUGGAGCUGGAGAGAGUUCAGGCAGAGAGGAACGUCCAGGAUUUCUCUCAGACUGUUCGAUAUCAGGCGGGUGCUUCUGCGCAGAGAGAACCGGAUCACGGCACACAAGAGAAUCGCUCUGCACAGAGGAAAGAGCUGGUUUCUAAGCUUCACUCUGCAGAAACACGAUACUCUCUGCUGGAAAAACAGAUUGACUACAUGAGGAAAAUGGUGGAGUGUGCGGCGAGAGAGAGAAUCACUCACACAGACAAGCAGGACUCUGUGUGUAGGGAGAACACACAUACAGACCCACAAAUGCAGACACACCUCAACAAAUUGGAAAGACUGGAAAAAGAGUAUCUAAAACUCACCAGUACACAGUCUAUUGCUGAGAGGAAGAUUGAGCUCUUAGAACAGAAACUUUUAGAGGAGCAACAUGAACGCAAACUUGUGCAGGAGAAAGCAGAGGAGUUGCACCGAGAGCUUGAAAACAAUCUCAUCUCCCUUUCUGCUGUGACUCAACCUAAAAGCAAGAAAAAGAAGAAAGAAAAGGCCUCUUGCAAGGUAAAAAAAAAAAAAUGCUCUGCAGUGGAUGCGCCCCCCACUCCUAAGGCUAAACGCCUCCCAUUUGUGGCUGGAACAUCGACCAGUCCCAGUCACUCAGUCAAUGCCAAUGUUCAGAGUGUGUUGCACCUGAUGAAGCACAGAAACCCACGGCUGUGUGAGAGAGUCAGUGCUCUGCAAAAGUCGGGUUCUGAGAACCAGCGGGCCGAGCGCAGACCUCCGUCCUCCCCCAGCAGAGCAGCUUCAGCACUGGGCAGCCUCUCUGAUGUUCUGCUCGCCCUUCAGGAUGAACUGGGACAGAUGAGCUUUGAACACCAGGAGUUGGUCAAGCAGAUAGACGAGACCUCUAAACGAGAGCUUCAUGACGAUCUGGAGCGAGAGCUGGACUGUCUGGUCAAGAGAAUGGAGGAGAAAGCAGCUCAAAUCUCCAAACUGCGCAAACAUCAGCAAACAGUUCAGAAACUCUCCCAACGAUCUUGUAGCCCCAGGAAGGAGCCACAUAGGGCUGCCAAUGUAGAGGGCAAAACCAGGGCACAGAGUGGGGUACAACCAUUGCCACCAUCCCCUGUCAAAGCCUCAACCAGCAAGGGACAGAAACAGAGCGGGAGCAGUCAAGAGUCCCUGAGGCUCCUCAGAGAGACACAGAAACUGUGCUCUGGCCUCCGCAAACAGGACAUUGCAUGGGAGACAUAGAUUCAUUGUCCCGAAACACAUAUCCGGGGCUUUGAAGAGUUGCAGCUCAAGAGGACAGUGGAAUGACACCUGAUCUUCACCCUCAGAAGAUCAGAAAACACUGUUUCACCUGCAUCUUAAUUCAAAUUUUUACUCAAAAAUCUAUAUACCUCUCAAUGACUUUAAUGAGUUUUUAAUUGAUUUUUAUUUCUGUUGGUAAUAUGUUUUUGUUUGAAUAAGUUGUGAAUAAAAUAUCUACAUAUUUUUAAGUACAGGCCAACUUUUUAUUUAUGUGCACACUAAACUCUAAUCACUUUUCACCAUCCAAUUGAUAAAAUGAAAUCCUGUCCUACAGCUUUUGGUUAGAUAUGUUGUUUCAACUAGAAAUAAGACAAAUAUAAAUAUUUAAAUGAACAUUUUACACAAUCACAACAAAUGGCUGUUGAUAAGACUUUUUACUUCUACUCAAAGUGUGAGAAAAUAAUACCAGGAAAUGUAAUGCUGGUGAUGAAAAAUGUGAGGGAAAAACGAGUAUUGUUGCAGCAUCAGCUUUUGUGUUGUUUCUUUCUUAUGAGAUUUACAAUCAGCUGACACAUUGUUUCCUCCACUGUUUCCACAACAAAAUGAUCCCAUUCUCUGACAUCUGAUCUUGUUACAACCACAAACCAGAGUGAUGGUUUAAACCUUGAGAAACCACAAAUAUGAAUAUACAAAUAUAUAUACACACACACACAGUAAACAUUUGAAGUGGAUCAAAACCUUUCAUCAAAGUUGUCCUAAAACCGAAACAAUACCUAUUCUUGUCGUAGGACAACUUUGAUUAACUUUUUUGAUCCACUUCAAAUGUUUACUACUGUAUGUAUAUGUGUAUAUAUAUAUGUAUGUAUGUGUAUAUAUGUAUAUAUAAGAGGAAAGCAUUCUAAUUGUAACCAGGCAGAGAAGAUGGACUCUGUUUUGUUCAGUGGGUCUUAUUGGAUUAUGGUCUGUGACAGUACAGAUUAAAUCAGUAUUGCAUAAACUUAUUUAAACACAGGAAGCACUGGCAAACACACACAAUGUAAUAUCAUUAAUUCUUGGUGCUCACAACCCUUGAUUUUGGCAAGAUGAUGACAUCGGCAUGUUAACCAGAUUUGACUGGUUGUUACAGUACAUCACGCAAAAUGUCCUUGUAAUACUGCAUUUUUUUCAAAUGAUUCAUGACUCUUACGGUCAUAUUUUCAGUAGAGUGGUACAGGGGGAAAACAUUGAAUCCCAGCACAUGCACAUCCUGUUCAGAGAAGAAAUCUGAGCAUUUGAUGCAAAGUAAGCAAGAACGGAGUUGACCCUCAGGGUGAGCGCAUAUCCUGUUAGUUAAACAUUACAGAGUGUGUUUUAAGGACUGCUUUCUAGGACAUAGUGACAUUGAAAAAGAUGAACUAUAAUCCAGUGAUUAAAAGACGUUUUAAUGAAUUCUAACUGUACUUUUGUUAACUUUUAUCAUCUCAGGGCUCUUUAUUCUAAAUAAUAUCAGAGAUUCUUCAAACUGGCCAAUGGAAGCCCACUUUAAAAUAAAUCAUGUCAUGUGAGAUACAAAGUUGCAACUGUGAGAUAAUGAAAAGUCACACUUGAGAGAUACAUAGUCACAAUUGUGAAAAAAUCACUUUGCAAGAUUUAAUGGUGCAUCGGGAGAUAUAAAGUCGCAAUUAAUUUUAUUUAUUUAACUUUUUUUGAGGUGGGAAUGAACCUCUAGUGGAUGUAACCAUAUAUAGUACUGAAAAGUGACAGUCACAAAGGUUUCUUAAAGAAAAAGGCAACACAAAACACCCACAACAGUUUUACAAUACUCAAACUUUAAUUAAUUAAUUAAUCACAUUUUCAACCUAAUUGUGAAUGCAGAUCUGAAACACAAGAACAAAAGAAAGAGUUCCAGAGAAAUAAAACCAACACAAUAGAGCAUAAAACUAUUAAGGCAGACUUUCUGGAUACAGACGCAACAGUAAGUGUCUUCUAAUUGACAAGAUGUGGGGCAUGUGCAUGUUUAUGUGAAGCAAUAAAAAAAAAAUACACUACUGGACAGCAGGCCAUAGGUAAUUACAGUUAUUAAAAAAAAAAAAAAAAAAAAA